GGGGCGGGGCCGUGUAACUCCGCCCUUAGCGAGAACGCCCCGCCCCUCGCGCCUGCGCACUUUGUACCGACGGCCUCGAGCGCCUAGGCGGGAGACUUCAUCUUGUCAUCGUCCGCAUUCUGAGCCCUCUCUCCAGCUAGGUGUUUCUGUAUUAGAGGAGAGAGCUGCUGUACGAGCUAGCAGCUCGCCAGGCUGCAGGAUGUCCGAAGAUGAGGAAAAGGUGAAGCUACGCAGGCUUGAACCAGCCAUCCAGAAAUUCACCAAGAUCGUGAUCCCAACAGACCUGGAGAGGCUAAAGAAGCACCAGAUAAACAUCGAGAAGUAUCAACGGUGCAGAAUCUGGGACAAGUUGCAUGAAGAGCACAUCAAUGCCGGGCGCACUGUUCAGCAACUGCGCUCCAAUAUCCGAGAAAUGGAGAAGCUUUGCUUAAAAGUGCACAAAGAUGAUCUGAUCCUUUUGAAGCGAAUGAUAGAUCCUAUGAAGGAAGCAGCAGCAGCCGCCACAGCCGAGUUUCUCCAGCUCCACUUGGAAUCUGUGGAAGAACUCAAGAAACAAGUCAAGAAUGAAGAAGCUUUACUACAGCCUUCUCUGACCAGAUCCACAACCAUUGAUGGAGUCCACACUGGAGAGGCUGAAGCUGCUUCCCAGAGUCUGACUCAGAUAUAUGCCUUGCCUGAAAUUCCUCGAGACCAAAAUGCUGCUGAGUCCUGGGAAACCUUAGAAGCGGACUUAAUUGAGCUUAGCCAUCUGGUCACCGAUAUGUCCCUCCUAGUAAAUAAGGAAGAAGAAGGCUUGAAUUCCCAGACUCAGUUUUCAAGCAUGAAAACUAAAUGCAAAAAUAAGAAAUAUAGACAAGCCUCAUCAGCUCCAAGAAGAAGAGUAUUCCAGGGAGAGAGACAUGGUUUAUAAAGUAGCAGCAUUAAAACUACCUCCACAGAGGCCGUAUUAUCAUACAUCUAGAAGAAUGAGUAAGUGCUGACAGAGAGCCCCAGGGGCACACCAGUGCAGGUGAGCCAGGACAAAACAUGGUGAGCUGUGUGGACUGUCUCAGAGUGCUAAUGUUCUAUUAUCCAAAGCCUGCAGGACCAGGGGCAAACAAGGAUGGUGAGAGCCAAGUUGUGCUGGUCCUGAUAUGUUCACAUGUGUGGUCAAGCUAGACUGCUGCAAUCCAGUCUGCCUUGGAGAAACUGUUAUAAUGGUGAAGAGGAGGUCAUGGGCAGGUGACUAGUUAGGAGCGAGCUACAGGAAUGUACUCUAUAGGUAGAGUGGUAACGCCUGCCUAUAUAGUGUAAAGGAUGCUCAGAAGACUUUUUGAGGAACAACUGGAGGAAGGUGAAGUCAUAGACAGGAUACUGUAUGUUUUUAUUUUUUGUUAUAAGACCUGAAUGAACCUGUUGUCUUGGAGGAAAGAGAGGUUUUUCUGUCAUUAUUUUUCUAAAUUGUUGUUUUGUUUUCCCUAGGAAUUAUAGAAAGGCAUAGCAUCUGAGCAUGUGCAUGAAUGUGUGCUUGCACAAGUGUGAAGCCUUUCCCAGUGUACUGCCUAGGCUUAUGAUCUGUUCUUGUUAAGCUGUGAAAUGGGACCCACCAUUUCUGCGGCAUGGCUUCUCUAAGGCCUGGCUCUGAGGUGGAAACUCCUAGGCCACAGCUUCUCAGAGUUGGAACAGAGGACUCCAGCGCUUGUUACUCUAGUUCUGUGUUCUGUUCCAGUUCUCAAACACUAACCUUCUGUCUUAUUAACAGUUAUGGGAUGAGAACACUUGUCUUCUUUCAAAAUAAGAGGUUUUCAAAGUUGUUGUUGUUUUGUUUAUUUGUUUGUUGUUUUUUCUUUUUUUUAACCUACAUCAAAAUAUUUUCAUUUCUUAGAAAGUCUUUCUUCUUCUGUGGCCCUCCUGUACCAAUGAGUUCCACACUGUCUAGUGUUGGCUUGUUCUUAUAUUGCCUUAUGGAUAUUUUCUUGAACUGUAUGACCAAGAUUGAAAGCAGUAAAUUGUUUGAAUUAUUUUUGAUUCCUCUAAGUAAAUAAGGAAGGAAGGAGGGAAGGAAGGAAGGAAGAAAAUGUUACAAGUCUCUGGAUUAGGUGUCUUUUUAUUUUGCAGAUUGCAGGAAAUGAUACAUGAAUACCCCAAACAUGUGUUGUUUACAAUCAAGAUAUAUCGUUAUUAUAAUUAAUAAUCUCCCAAUCUAAUGCAGUGUACAAAGUCUCUGUGUGCAUGGUUACAUAAAAAUAUGCAUUUGUCAGAGCCAUCAAUAUGUAUAUUUAAAUGCAUUUCAAUACAUGUAAAUUAUUCAUCACUAAAGUUGAUUUAAAGAACAAAUUAAAGAUGUAGUUAACUCUUCUCAAGACAAAUACAUUUCUCUUCCAGUGGUUAGGCAUAUGAAAGAAAAAAAUAAAGUUUAUAGAGGAUUAAUAGUUGUGUGUGUAUGUUAUAUAGGUAGCAGUCUAAGAAGGACAUAUACAGAAGGUUCCAGUCACAGCCAUAGCCCCAUACAAAUGUCUUAGUUAUAAUUGUAAGGACAGGAGUCACAAUUCUAUUUGGCUCAAGAAGAACCUUGAUUGUUAUUCCCAGGAAGACUGAGUUCUUAGGAUACAUGGCCAAGGAUUCACAACAGGGACUAAGCAGGGAACACAAGAGUGACCACAUCCUCUGUUGUCACAUGGACAUGACUGUAGCUGGGCAAAUUAACCAUGUGUUCAAGGAGCACCUUCUGCACACACAGCCCUAUGCUAACCUCAGUGGGAUCAGAGGAUCCUAUAGGAUAGCGUUAAUGAUGUCUCUACAUUGUAAAUGAAGUGCCACAAAACUGUACCCUUAAAAGUCAUUAAAAUGUUAGGUGUACACCUAGUUUGCUGUGAAACAAAGGAUUCACUAAGAUAAUGGGGGAUUACAGUGAAGCCCAGUAAUUCUCAGUGUAUUAGUAUCUACCAGUCGCCCUGCUCUGUUUGUGCAGGUGCCCUUUUCUUCUAUCUAGCCAGAGAAUUUAAAGAAGGCUGGGCCAGAACUUGGAGGAGAUGCUACCCUUACUCCUACAUUGUUUUCUUUUUCUCUGCGGCUCCUGAAGUCCAGUUUUGCUCUAGCUGCAUUGUAAUGGGGCUACAGUGGAUUCAGUUAGAGUCAGUCUCGCACGACUGCUGUGAGGUUUAGCACGGUAUUCGACAGCAGAGAGCUUUGCUGCGUGCCUGAUGGGAAGUCUACUGCAGACACAUCCUUCCCCUUUCACUCCCAUCUGCCUCAGCUGCUCCUGCAGCCUUGGUCUGGCUCUUUACCUUGGUUCCCAGCAUGGUUCUCUUCAGACACUCCUGUACUGAGUCCCUUUAGUCUGCACACUGAAGUGUUCCUGCUUCUUUACCCUGCUUAUUGCCUUGCUAGGCCAAGAUAACUGUGCUCUGCCACUGCAUCACAUUCCCGUUUUCUUCUGGGCCUUUCUGUCUCUGAUUGCAUAUGAUUAUAGCUAGAACUUAGGGAGAGUACAGGGACAUAUCUGCAGUCUGGGCCUUGCCGUAAACUCAUAGCUUUCCAAGCUCACGCAUAAGACUGUACAAUAACCUUUAAGGCAGAGCUCUGUUGUUGAUGUAAAUGGAUCGGAGGGUGAAUUUGUUGAGUGAAUGAUUGUUGUUUGCUAUAAUAACAGGAAAUAUUGUUUGAUGUUGGGCUGACAAGUACCCACAGCAAUCAUUCAGGGGGAAAGUGAUUUCUCAUUAGUUUCUGGUUCAUGUAUCCAACUUGAGUUCUCCUCGGUAAGCAUUUACAUUUUCUCCUGAAUCUUAGGGCCUAAAACUGUUACACAGAUUCAGCUGUUUUCAGGUCAGUAGAGCAAUCUGACCCAAUAUUUCUUUUUUUUUUAAAGAUUUAUUUAUUUAUUUAUUUAUUUAUUUAUUUAUUUAUUUAUUUAUUUAUUAUGAGUACACUGUAGCUGUCUUCAGAUACACCAGAAGAGGCAUCAGAUCUCAUUACAGAUGGUUGUGAGCCACCAUGUGGUUGCUGGGAUUUGAACUCAGGACCUCUGGAAGAGCAGUCAGUGCUCUUAACCUCUGAGCCAUCUCUCCAGCCCCCCAAUAUUUCUUAAAAUGAAAUUCAUAGGCAUAUUUUUGAAGUUUUGAGAAUUUUUCUUCUAUGAAAUGGGAUGUGUGUGUUAGUUUGAUAAAUACUGCAGUGUGCCUUAUACAUAGCUUAGUUCAUUAUUAAAGGGAUGCUGAAAACACUUCUAAGUGCCAAAGAGUAAAAUGCCUCUCCGGGGAGAGGGUGAAGAAGGUCCAGUGUGGGAAAUCUAGGAGGUGAAGACAAACUUAAACAAGUCAGCAGCAAAGAGGGAAAGUAGGUAGAUAGAAGCAAAGAUUCCCCGAGCCCCUGCUGUUGGGAGGAGCCUAGUUUCAUAGACGGUGGUAGGUUACACAUGUGCAGCUUGGCCCGGUAGAAAGAGCUAAGGACUCAGCUCUGAAUAUAGCAUAGUUUGUUAUUCUGAUGGUGAUUGACAGCUAACUGCCAUCAUUGUAGAUAUCAUUAAGCCUUCCGUAUUCAUGGAGUAGAAUCUGAAGAUACAGACAGUUGGAGGAUUGAAGCCGAACUAACGGAAGGAAGUGCUAGGUCUGUACAGUUGAGGGGAGCCUGUUGAUCCCAGGGAAGGGCUUUCUGCCCUCUGCCUAAGCAAACUUCCAAUGUCUGUAGUACCUGCCGAUGUGGCCUACUGCCCCAGGACAGAUGGAGUCAUCUUGGGCUGCUAGUUGCAUGAUGUUGAAAUAAUGAGUAAUCUUAGGAUGGGUAUUUUUCUGGUAAUCUUUAAUCUUAUUAUUCCAAAGGAAUUUUGUAGGGAGAAAUUCAUUAUUUACUAUUCUACAAUAAACUUUAAAAGUCAUUGUGAUGGUUUAAAUGAGAAUGGCCCCAAUAGACUCAUAUAUUUGAGUGCUUAGUCACCAGGGAGUGGAACUCUUUGAAAGGAUUAGAAGGAUUGGGAGGUGUGGUCUUGUUGGAGGAAUCAGAUGCCCAUGCCAGGCCCAGUCUCUGUCUUUUGGCGAUUCACACUGAUCAAGAUGUGACUCUUAGCUACUCCUCCAUACUCCAGCACCAUGUGUGCCUCUAUGCUCCCUGUCACUGUGCUCCCUGCCCUGGAUGAUAAACUAAACCCCUGAAACUGUGCAAGCCCUAGUUAAAUGUUUUCCUAUUUAAGAGUUGCCUUGGGGCGGGCAGGAAAAAUGGUGGCCGGGUUCAAAACUGUGGAACCACUGGAGUAUUACAGGAGAUUUCUGAAAGAAAACUGCCGUCCUGAUGGAAGAGAACUUGGUGAAUUCAGAACCACAACUGUGAACACAGGUUCAAUCAGUACAGCGGAUGGCUCUGCUCUAGUGAAGGUGGGGAACGCCACAGUCAUUUGUGGAGGUAAAGCAGAAUUGGCAGCACCACCAGUAGAUGCCCCCGAUGGACGAUAUGUCGUCCCUAAUGUGGACCUACCACUGCUGUGUUCAUCGAGGUUUCGGACUGGACCUCCUGGAGAAGAGGCUCAAGUAACCAGCCAGUUCAUUGCAGAUGUCAUUGAGAAGUCACAGAUAAUUAAGAAAGAGGACUUAAGCAUUUCUCCAGGGAAGCCUGCUUGGACCUUAUUUGCCUAGACUACGACGGGAACAUUUUGGAUGCCUGCACGUUUGCUUUGUUAGCAGCUUUAAAGAUUGUACAGUUGCCUGAAGUCACUAUAAACGAAGAAACUGCUUUAGCGGAAGCCAAUUUAAAGAAGAAAAAUUGAAUGUUAGAGCAAACCCAGUUGCUACUUCAUUUGCUGUGUUUGAUGACACUUUGCUGAUAGUUGAUCCUACCGGAGAGGAGCAGCACCUGUCCACAGGACCCUUAACCAUAGUAAUGGACGAGGAAGGCAAGCUGUGCUGUCUUCACAAGCCAGGUGGGAGUGGGCUGACUGGAGCUAAACUUCAGGACUGCAUGAGUCGAGCAGUAACGAGACACAAAGAAGUGAGCAAACUACUGGAUGAAGUAAUUCAGAGCAUGAAACAAAAAUGAACAGGUGCCACGAUUGCAAAACAGCUGUAAAAAUUGUAUUUGUUACACUGUGCACAGGCCUUUUAUACUAAAUAAAUACCUAAUUACAUUCUUUGAAAAAAAAAAA